AUGGAUUUCCAUCUCUCUCUUUCUUCCAUCAUCAUCAUCCUAUUCCUCUCCUUCUUCUUAACAAUACUACCGCCGUCUUACUGCGACGAAGAUGAUCCUUUUGUGGUGUGCAACAGUACAUAUGCCUGUGGAAGCGUCAACAUUUCGUUCCCUUUCUGGGGCGGCGGCCGACCUGAAUAUUGCGGUCAUCCAGGGCACGAGCUCAGUUGCCACGAAACUGUUGAUGAGUACCCGGUUAUGGGAUUUGAAGGUCUAGACUUCCGCGUGCUAAACAUCAACACAUCUUAUCCAACCUUUACCAUUUCAAGGUUGGACCUCUUGGAUGGUCCUUGUUCUCCACCUCCAGAGUUGAGAAAUACAACCUUGAAUUACACUUUGUUUCAUUACGCUUCAACCGAUCAAAACUUAACUAUACUCUACGGCUGCCCUCAUGUUCAAGACAACAACAUACCUGCACUACGAAAUAGAUUUAAUUGCAGCCAAGGAGCUCCUGAUGGGAAAUUUAAUGCUUAUUUCCUGGAAAACGAAUCGCCAUUGGGCGUCGAAUUACAUGCACUACUUACAAGGGAUUGCGACAACAAUAUCCAGGUUCCGAUUCUCCGGAAUACUAGUGCUCUUGCUCUUCUUGAUGACCCUCAGGGUGGAGGCCCGGCAGUUGAGAAAGCAAUGGUUGAAGGUUUUGAGGUGGAAUACAGCAAUGGAUUGGGGAUUCUCUGUAGGGGGUGUGAGGAUUCAGGUGGGGUAUGCGGUGGUUCUAACUCCACGGGGGCGUUUGUCUGCUAUUGCCGUGACCAAUGGCAAUCUAAUGAUACAUGUCUGAUUCAAAUGAAAGUCACUUUAUCGUCUGGAAUUGGAGUUUUAAUGGUUACAAUAUGCUGCUGCUUCAAGAGAAAGCUCUCAUCAAGUAAAAUUAUUUGUUUUUGGAAGAAGGAAAGUCAAAACCACAAGAGUGUCGAGGCCUUUUUAAGGAACAGUGCACCUCUUGCUAUUAGAAGAUACAGUUAUUCAGAUAUCAAGAAAAUAACCAACUUCUUUAGAGAUAAAUUAGGCCAAGGGGGCUUUGGUGGUGUCUACAAGGGAAAGUUACAAGAUGGUUCUCUUGUGGCAGUGAAGGUUUUGAAAGAAUCAAAAGGUAAUGGAGAGGAAUUCAUUAACGAGGUUGCAAGCAUUAGUAGGACAUCUCAUGUCAACAUUGUCACUCUUAUGGGCUUUUGCUUUGAGGGUUCUAAAAGAACUCUUAUCUAUGAGUUUAUGCCUAACGGAUCUCUCGAGAAGUUCAUAUACAAAGAAAAUCGCUCCAAGGCUAAUUGUCACUUGGAAUGGGAGACUAUGUACAAGAUUGCACUUGGCAUUGCUCGUGGACUAGAGUACUUACAUAGAGGUUGCAAUACACGAAUCUUGCAUUUUGACAUAAAACCUCAUAACAUUCUUUUGGAUGAGAAUUUUUGCCCAAAAAUUUCUGAUUUUGGCCUUGCAAAAAUAUGCUCGAAGGAAGAGAGUAUCAUAUCCAUGUUGGGUGCAAGAGGAACUAUAGGAUAUGUAGCUCCAGAACUAGUUUGUAGAUAUCUUGGGGGGGUUUCUCAUAAGUCAGAUGUUUAUAGCUACGGAAUGAUGGUUUCUGAAAUGGUUGGGGGGAGAAAGAAUAUUGCUAUCAGGGUUGAUCAUAGUAGUGAAUUAUUUUUUCCACAUUGGAUUUACAAGCGUCUUGAACUAGAUGAAGAGCUUGGAUUGGAGGGCGUUAUGAAUGAAGAAGAUCAAGAAAGAGCAAGGAAGAUGAUAAUAGUAAGUUUGUGGUGCAUACAAACUGACCCCUCAAACCGACCACCAAUGAGUAAAGUUGUGAAUAUGUUAGAAGGAAGCCUCGAUUCCUUACAAAUCCCACCCAAGCCUUUCUUCUCUUCCCCACCAAGAUCACCAGCAGAUCUUUCAACUACAGCGGAGACAUCGCAGGAAGGAGAAGUGAGCCUUGUUGGGGAUGAGAUCCGAAGCACUGCAAGCCCCCAAUAAUCAUGAUUAUUAUAGUUUUUCUUAUAUCUAAUGUCACG